AUGUCUUCCGCUAGCUGGCGUCAAUUCUUCACGUACAACAAGUACACCCAGAUCUCCGCGCGCGCCGUGCGCCAGUCGCUGAAGGAGUCUGAGCGUCUCAAUGCUGAGAAGCGUGGUCUCACAGUUCUGCGCUACCAGAAAUGGGAGAACGGCCAGGGAGGCGAGCAGGUCUUCUUGAACCCUCCAGAGGACACGAAACCCGCAAAGUCAGCAGCAGUCUGA